AUGAUAUAUAAACAAACAUCUCCAAAUCAUCAAUGGAUUUUUUACAUUAAUCUAUUUUCAUUUUGCAUUGAAAUAUUAUCAACUAGUACAAUUCAUUGUGAAACAACUAUCAAUCCGAUAGAAUUAUUAAGACCACAUUCUUUUUAUUCAAGCAUUUUAGAAAUUGAAUCUAAUAAUUUUCGAACAAAAAUCGACGAUUUCUGUAUCUUAUCAAUUCGUAUUGAACAUCUUAUUGUGAGUAUUACUUUAACUACAGAAAAUAUCGAUGAUGGAUCUGAAGAUCAAGCUUCUCUUAAAACAUAUAUCAAUUUGGAAAGUAAAACAUUUCGUAGAGAAUAUAACUUUAUAUGUUCUGUACGAUAUUGCAAUAUUAAUUAUUUAAGAACGAUUUUAAUUACUGGUGAACUCAAUUGGUUAUUACAUCUAACCGAUUAUUCAUAUAUUUUGUUAUCAUUACAAUCAUUACUUUAUAGAGAAAAAGAUAAACAAAAUGCUAGUUUUCGAUGUUAUGUUGAUGGUAAAAAACCGAUAUUAUGCGAAAAUGGUACAUGUGAGGCGAGAUAUUCAAAUCUUACUGAUGAAUAUGAAAAAUUUUGUCGGACGAAAUUUCAUUUUAUUUCUGAACGAUAUUUUAUUGAUAUUAUCACAUGGGCAAAACCCAAUUUUUAUGAAACAAAAGUACGAACUUUACAAUAUAUGUGCAAUGUUAAUCUGUGUAAUGGAUGGGAAAUAGUUGAACAAGUUUUAACUUUACUUAAUGUAGAAAAUGAUACUUUAAAUUUAUUUUGGCCAUCAAAAGAUAGUUUCAAGUUUACUACAACGACAACUCAACGAAGUACUUCUACUUCUAUCACCAAACCAUUUAUUUUAUCUACAGAAUGUUUAACAAAUUUGAGUUUUCUGAGUACGAAUCAUACAACUAAUAGAAAUACAAUAAUGACAACGAAUAUUUUACAGACUUCAGAUAAUAAACUGGAAAGUGAAUCAUCGAUAACCAAUUCAGAUCUUAGUUUUAUUUCGCCUAUAUAUACAUCAACAAAGAAAAAGAUUUUUAACAAUACUUGUCAUCUAGAAAUGGCGAACAUGUAUAUUUAUUAUUUACUAAUUCUUUAUUUUAUUAUGUGA